CGCCGAGCCGGGCAGGUGCGUUACCGGACGUGGCGCCAGGCAGGGGCGUUACCGGAAGUGGCGCCAGGGAGGUUCCGGAGUGCUCCUCCUCUCCUCUUCCAUCUCCCUGGCAAACGAGGUCGUGGCGGGCCCGGGGCCUCGCGCUGGAUGUGCGACGAUCAUCCCAAGCCGUUCACGCUGGACCCCUCAACCGAUUCUUCUUUUAUUAAAAACAUCUAUUCAUCGGAACCUCUGGAAUAAUCACAUCCGUUCUUUACGCUCCCAGGACUAACGAUAAUGUAUCUCCUCCUCCUUGCGCAUGCCCAGUUAUUGGAGGUGGGAGUCUUCGAGGGUCUUGGGUGUCUUGCACAAUCCUUGAUGUCCUUUUUCCAACUGGAAGUUCUUUUGAAGUCUCCGCGCGCGGCCUGCAAACCAGGUCAUCUCUCCCUCUAACUGGUGUGGUUGACGAACCCAACGAGGCUGUGCUGGCUUCGCGAUUUGAUCUCAACUCGUUUUGUUUGAAGACUUCAGCUCAAACCGUUUGGCACCCGGAGAACGUCCUGGUGUUGGAGCAUUCUGCUGGGGGACAACCAGUGCCCCCACUGAGUUCCAGGACAGAAAGCACCGUGCGUGGCCACACAAAAGCCAAACCAGGUGCAGCAGCAGCGUCGCACCGCCUUCUCACCUCUUUGUGGUGUCGUCUGCAGCAGAAAUGGAUUCACAGGAGAUCAAGGAGCUGCAGGAAGAAGUGAUGGAGGAGCUCGGAAUCUCCAUGGAGGAGCUCCAAGAAAUCAUCAACAAAGAGCUGGAGAAGUUCGAGUGCGUGAAGCAGAGGAAGCAGCAGCUGGAGGAGCUGGAGAAGUGUGUGAAGCAGAAGGAAGAAGAGGUGGCUCGCGUUGACCGUCUCUUUGAUGAUGCUUCGAGAGACAUUGAUAAAUGCGAGCACUUGGUGAUAGAUCUGUACUCCAAGCUGGGCCUGCAGUAUCGGGAGAGCAGUUCCGAGGACGAGGAGUUGGCUGCCAAAGCCACAGAAGUGAUCGAGAUCCCAGACGAGGAUGACGACGAUGUCUUGAGCGUUGAUUUGAGCUGGAAGACCAGUGAUGGCAGUCGCAGAGUUGCAAAGGAUCAGACUCUGCUGCGGGAAGCCAUGGCUGCGAUGAGGAGGUCUGCCCAGGACGUUCAGAAAUUCAUGGAUGCUGUGAACAAGAGAACAAAUGCCCGGGAUGCACAAAGAGAGGCACAGAGCCUUCAGGGAGUUCCUGCCCAGUCCGCUGGCCCUGCAGCUCCUGGGAGUGACCUCAGCAGCGAUGGGGAUCUGAGCGUUGGCAUGAGGAUCCUGGGCAAAAAGAGAAGCAAAACAUGGCACAAAGGGACUCUCAUCGCAAUCCGGACGGUUGGCACUGGGAAGAAGUACAAAGUGAAGUUUGAUAAAGGGAAGAGUUUGCUUUCUGGCAAUCACAUCGCUUAUGACUAUCACCCCUCGCCCGAGAAACACUACGUUGGCAGCAGGGUUGUGGCAAAAUACAAAGACGGGGAUCGGGUCUGGCUGUACGCCGGCAUCGUGGCCGAAACCCCAAACAUCAAGAAUAAAGACAGGUUCCUGAUCUUCUUUGAUGACGGCUAUGCUUCCUAUGUCAAGGAGUGGGAGCUCUACCCAGUCUGCCGGCCACUGCAAAAGACCUGGGAAGACAUCGAUGAUGUCUCCUCUCGUGAUUUCAUCGAGGAGUACAUCACAGCCUACCCCAACCGCCCCAUGGUGCUGCUGAAGACCGGCCAGCUGAUCAAAACGGAGUGGGAAGGGACUUGGUGGAAAUCCAGAGUGGAAGAAGUGGAUGGCAGUCUGGUCAAAAUCCUUUUCCUGGAUGACAAACGCUCCGAGUGGAUUUACCGGGGUUCCACACGCCUCGAGCCCAUGUUCAACAUGAAAACUUCCACAGCUUCCACCCAAGAGAAGAAGCAAAGCGGACAAGCAAGGACUCGUCCCAACGUUGGCGCUGUCAGGAGCAAAGGGCCCGUAGUCCAAUACACGCAAGAUUUAACGGGUGCUGGCACCCAGUACAAGCCUUUAGAGCAAAUGCAGGCGGCCUCGCUGGCAGCGCAGCCCGUUUCUCCGCAGCCUGCUGAGAUGGAGCACUGGCCCCCGGCUGCCUUGUAUCCCUCCACUUGGACUGACCUGCUCGCAGACCUCAGUGACUUACAAGGCACCGAGAACUCGGGAUUUCUGGUUGGUCUGGGUUGUCACGGACCAAACCUAAGCCACGGCCGAGUUGCACACGUGCCUCCUGCCCCGGGCCCAAGUGGGAUGUUCUUGGAGGCGCAGGCCAGUGCCGAAGGAGGCCUGGAUGAAGGAGGAACCCAGCCUCGUGGUGAAGGGAGCAUUUUGGAGAACGCCAGGGCACCUGAGAACGUGCUCUGGGACUUUAAUAACUUUGAAGGGGAGAGAGAUGCUGUCCCCGUUCAUUUUUGUCACCACUGUGGAUUUCCUAUCCGAGUUUAUGGACGCCUGGCCCCCUGCCAGCAUGUCUUCUGCUGCGACUGCGCCGUGCUGCAUGGGCAGAAGGGAAAGAGGAGAUGUCCCAGCUGUAUGGAACCCGUGCAGCAAGUGAAUCUUUACGCUUCCUGCUCCGACAGUCCACUGGCCCAGUCCAGAAAGCAAGUGGCCAAGAAAAGCACUUCCUUCUGUCCCAGCUCUGCGGGCUCUGGGCAGUCGUCACCUCCUUCGCCUGUCCUAAGCGAUCCCUCUCUUGCGGGAAGGACUGGGGCAGCCCAGCAGCAGCGGCUCUCCAGCAGCCAGGCAGGCGGUGCCGCCGUGCAGCCCUUCCACGGGAUGAUGGACCGUGUGCCCAACGAACCUUCGUACCGAGCCCCGCUGGAGAAACUCUUCUACCUACCGCACGUCUGCAGCGACACUUGCCUGUCCCGCGUCCGCCCCAUCCGCAGCGACCAGUACCGCAGCAAGAACCCGCUGCUCAUCCCGUUGCUCUACGACUUCCGACGGAUGACAGCCCGCCGCCGCGUUAACCGCAAGAUGGGCUUCCAUGUCCUCUACAAGACGCCGUGUGGGCUGUGCCUGCGAUCCAUGCAGGAGAUCGAGCGCUACCUCUUUGAGACAGACUGCGAUUUUCUUUUCCUGGAAAUGUUCUGCCUGGACCCGUACGUGUUGGUGGAUCGCAAAUUUCAGCCUUACAAACCCUACUACUACAUCGCAGACAUCACCAAAGGCAGGGAGGAUGUGCCGUUGUCCUGCGUCAAUGAGAUCGACAACACCCCGCCGCCGCAGGUGGCCUACAGAAAGGAACGCGUCCCCGGAAAAGGGGUUUACAUCAAUACCAGCUUAGACUUCCUCGUGGGCUGCGACUGCAAAGACGGCUGCAGAGACAAAUCGAAAUGUGCCUGCCACCAGCUGACGGUGCAAGCGACUGGCUGCACCCCAGGAGGGCAGAUCAACCCCAACGCAGGGUACCAGCACAAAAGGCUGGAAGAAUGCCUCCCAACGGGAGUUUACGAGUGUAACAGAAGGUGCAAGUGCAAUGUGAAUAUGUGCACCAACCGCUUGGUCCAGCAUGGGCUCCAAGUCCGGCUGCAGUUAUUCAAGACACAGAACAAAGGCUGGGGCAUUCGCUGCCUCGAUGACAUUGCUAAAGGCUCUUUCGUCUGCAUCUACGCAGGCAAGAUCCUCACGGAUGACUUUGCUGACAAAGAGGGCUUGGAGAUGGGCGACGAAUAUUUUGCGAACUUGGAUCACAUUGAGAGCGUGGAGAACUUCAAGGAGGGCUACGAGAGCGACGCAAAAUGCUCUUCUGACAGUAGCGGGGUGGACCUCAAGGAUGACGAGGAGGAAAACACGGGCACCGAGGAGCAGGAAGAGUCCAAUGAGGACAGCUCUGAUGACAACUUCUGCAAGGAUGAGGACUUCAGCACCAGCUUGGUCUGGCGCAGCUAUGCCACGCGCCGGCAGACCCGGGGCCAGAAGGAGAAUGGGUUGUCGGAGACAGCUUCCAAGGACUCAGGGCUCACCCGGCAGAUCAGCCAUGAAGAGACGGCGCUGGCCACCUCCUGUAAGCUGCCAGUGUCAGAGGAGACGUCCAAGAACAAAGUGGCCUCGUGGCUGAGCUCCAACAGCAUGUCUGAUGGCUUCCAGGAUAACGACAGCACCUCCUCCUUCAAGAUGAGCGAAGGUAGUGAAGCCAAAGCCAGCAAAACAGAGCUCCCUGGUGAGAAAGGCUCUGCUUCUGCCCCGGGAGACCUGGAUGGAGAUUCGAAGGUGUCAAAGAAAGAUGAACCUGAAGAUUCAACCAAAAUUCCAGGGCUCAGCGAGUUGGGCAGGAUGUACGGCUACAACCCAAGCCCUCCCAAACUGGAUGGGAUCCGGAGGCCAACGAGCAAGACGGCCCUGCUGCAGAGCAGGCGGCAGUCCCUCACGCCGCAGCCCACCACCGACGACGUGCUGACCCUGUCGAGCAGCACGGACAGUGAGGGCGAGAACGGGCAGGCGGCGGGAGGACAGGCCCCGGGCACCACCAACGACAGCGAUGACAUCCAGACCAUCUCCUCAGGCUCUGACGAAGAGGAAGGUGACGACAAGAAAAACUCCUUGUCCGGCUCAGGUGCGGUGAAGAGGCAAGUGGCGGUGAAAUCCACCCGCGGCUUUGCCCUCAAAUCCACUCACGGCAUCGCCAUCAAAUCCACCAACUUGGCAUCGGCCGAGAAGGGCGAGAGCGCGCCCGACCGCAGAACCACCCGCCAGUUCUACGACGGAGAGGAGUCCUGUUACAUCAUCGAUGCCAAACUGGAAGGGAACCUGGGCCGGUACCUCAACCAUAGCUGCAGUCCCAACCUCUUCGUGCAGAACGUUUUUGUGGACACGCAUGAUCUCCGCUUCCCAUGGGUCGCCUUCUUCGCCAGCAAGAGGAUACGCGCCGGCACAGAGCUGACGUGGGAUUACAACUACGAAGUGGGCAGCGUGGAAGGCAAAGAGCUGCUGUGCUGCUGCGGAGCCGUCAAGUGCCGCGGGCGGCUGCUGUGAGCCCGGCCGCGCUCCUGCUGCAGCUCUCGGCCGCAGGACUGGUGCUGACACAGCUUUUGGGGAGGGUAAAGCUCCUUCUCAAGCACCGAUUACGAAGGCAGAGGCUUUGCGUUCUCCCCUUCACUUGAAUUUCUCCUCUUCACUUGAACCCCACAGCGGCAGACGGACGGAACCGCUGCCGGGGGGGGCGAUGCCCAAACUCCCUUCUUGAGGGGGUUUUGCUCUGCCCCAUCCCAGGCGCUGCGGUCACCCCACGAGGGGCCGAUUGCUCCCUCGGUGCCGCUUUCCUGCCGGCACCGCCCUGAGCUGCUGCGACCGCUCUCUCCCACCACACCGAAGCCCCAGAC